AGAGAAAGACGGAAGAUAUAUAUAUAUAUAUAUAUAUAUAUAUAGAGAGAGAGAGAGAGAGAGAGAGGUCCGUCCGUCGGCGAGUCGUGUCAUUAAUAUAACAUCCCAAUCUAAGUCGCGAUAAUCCCUUCCCUCCCUCCUUCCUCUCCUCUGUGUCUCCCCACCUCCAUUGCCAGUACUGUACCGUCUCUCUCUCUCUCUCUCUCGCUCGCUCGCUCGCUCGUGAGUGGCUGAGCUCAGCUGCUCCUCCGUCGUCGGGCUCAGAUCUGAAGCCAUGCAUUGCGCCGAGUCUUAAAGCCUGCCUCUGCUCGCACAGCUCCUCCCAGCUCUGCUGAAUUGCAACUGCACAGAGCAGGUUUCUUGUUAUGGCUAAGUCAUGGCAAGAUGGGUCAAUCUCGGCCCCAGCGCCACGGUCAAGGGAAUGGGAGGGCCCGUCAAGAUGGACCGAGUACCUAGGCCCCGACAUGGCUCCCGCAGCAUCCAAGACUUCUAGGAAUGCAGGUCUUGAUGAACAGGCCCAGAGUACGAGUGGUUCCCACAAGGGUUUGAACAUGCAGUGGGUAGUUCAGCUCAACGAAGUCGCAGAGGGUCUCAUGGCCAAAAUGUAUAGGCUGAAUCAAAUUCUUGAUUAUCCGGAUCCUCUCAGUAAUAUGUACUCAGAAUCUUUCUGGAAAUCUGGCAUUUUUCCCAGUCACCCGAGGAUCUGUCUGCUGCUUGCCAAGAAAUUCCCAGAGCACUUCAGUAAAUUACAACUUGAGCGUGUUGAUAAGGUCGCCUGGGAUGCCCUGCAUGAUAGCGCUGAACUUCAUCUGCAGAGCUUGGAACCGUGGAUUCAGCUCCUCCUGGACCUAAUGGCAUAUCGGGAGCAGGCCCUGCGGCUGAUUUUGGACCUCAGCAGCACUGUCAUUACCCUGCUGCCCCAUCAGAACUCACUCAUACUGCAUGCUUUCAUGGAUCUCUUUUGUUCCUUUGUCCGUGUCAAUCUCUUCUCCGAGAAGCUUCCAAGGAAAAUGAUGGUGCAGACAUACAACCUUCUGUACUCAAUGUCCAGGAAUGAACGAGACUGCGACUUCUAUCAUCGAUUGGUGCAAUUCAUAGACUCGUAUGAUCCACCAUUGAAAGGACUGCAAGAAGACCUGAAUUUUGUCAGCCCUCGUAUAGGGGAGGUCUUAGAGGCUGUAGGUCCUAUUAUUUUUCUGUCUACUGAUACGAGGAAGCUUAGAAAUGAGGGAUUUCUUAGCCCAUAUCAUCCCAGAUAUCCAGAUAUACUAACAAACUCUGCUCACCCAAUGAGGGCGCAAGAUCUGGCAAAUGUGACAGCAUAUCGUGAAUGGGUGUUACUUGGUUAUCUGGUUUGUCCUGAUGAGCUCCUUCGUGUCACAAGCAUCGACAUUGCUUUGGUAGUUCUCAAGGAAAAUUUGACUCUUACAUUAUUCAGGGAUGAGUUUGUGCUAUUGCAUGAGGAUUACCAAUUAUAUGUUUUACCACGGAUCCUAGAAUCAAAGAAGAUGGCAAAAUCAGGACGGACAAAGCAAAAAGAAGCGGAUCUGGAGUAUAGCAUUGCGAAGCAAGUUGAGAAAAUGAUUGGCGAAGUGCAUGAGCAAGCAUUAGUAUCUUGCGAUGCAAUUCACCGGGAAAGAAGGAUAUUGCUCAAGCAAGAGAUUGGAAGAAUGGUGGUGUUCUUCACUGAUCAACCCAGUUUAUUGGCUCCAAAUAUUCAGAUGGUGUUCUCAGCGUUAGCUCUAGCUCAAUCUGAGGUCAUUUGGUAUUUCCAGCAUGUUGGAGUUGCAUCUUCCAAAUCCAAAGUGGGCCGUACUGUUGCUGUGGAUAUUGAUCCAAGUGAUCCAACUAUCGGGUUCUUGUUAGAUGGAAUGGACCGGUUGUGUUGUCUAGUGCGCAAGUACAUUGCAGCUAUACGGGGAUAUGCAUUGUCAUAUCUAUCCUCUUGUGCUGGUCGAAUACGGUUCUUACUUGGCACUCCAGGAAUGGUUGCUCUUGACUUAGGCCCAAGCUUAAAAGGACUGUUUCAGAAGAUCGUUCAGCAGCUUGAGAGUGUACCAAAACUCCAGGGUGAAAACAUUUCUGCAAUUACGUGUGAUCUAUCUGAGUUCCGAAAGGAUUGGUUGUCAAUAUUGAUGAUUGUCACAUCUUCCCGGUCAACGAUGAACAUUAGACACUUGGAGAAAGCUACUGUGUCUACUGGGAAGGAAGGUUUAUUAUCCGAGGGAAAUGCCGCUUAUAAUUGGUCCAGAUGUGUCGAUGAACUAGAAUCUCAAUUAUCGAAGCAUGGCAGCCCUAAGAAAUUGUAUUUCUACCACCAGCACCUUACAGCGGUAUUCAGGAACACUAUGUUUGGGCCAGAAGGACGUCCUCAACAUUGUUGUGCGUGGCUUGGGGUUGCUAGCAGUUUCCCUGAGUGUGCUUCUCCAAUUGUUCCUGAAGAGGUGACUAAAAUUGGUCGAGAUGCAGUCCUUUAUGUGGAGUCCCUCAUAGAAUCCAUCAUGGGGGGCUUGGAGGGAUUAAUAAAUAUUCUUGAUUCUGAAGGCGGAUUUGGUGCUCUGGAGAGUCAGCUUCAUCCAGAGCAAGCAGCUCUUUACAUGAAUUAUGCCUUGAGAGUUUCGAUUCCUUCAGCAAAGUCCCCUAGAGGACCUGUGGGUUUGCCUCUGCCUGGUCAUGAGAGCUAUCCAGAAAAUAAUAACUCGAUCAAAAUGUUAGAAGCUGCUAUGCAAAGGCUGACCAAUUUAUGCUCUGUUUUGAAUGAUAUGGAGCCUAUAUGUGUUUUAAACCAUGUUUUUGUUUUAAGAGAGUACAUGAGAGAAUGCAUCCUGGGGAACUUCAGGAGGAGACUUCUUGCUAUACUGAAAACUGAUAAUGACCUAAAUCGUCCUACCAUUAUGGAGUCCCUUCUUCGAAGACAUAUCAGUAUAGUUCACCUCGCGGAGCAGCAUAUCAGCAUGGACCUUACUCGGGGCAUUCGAGAAGUCCUACUUACGGAGGCCUUCUCCGGUCCAGUCUCUUCUCUGCAGUCAUUCGAGAAACCAGCAGAGCUACAUACAGGAUCAGCUACGGAAUCCGUAUGCAACUGGUACAUAGAUAACAUUGUCAAGGAUGUCUCUGGUGCAGGAAUCCUCUUUGCUCCAAUCCACAAUUGCUUUAAGAGCGCAAGGCCAGUAGGAGGAUACUUUGCUGAGUCGGUCACUGAUCUUAGAGAGCUCAAGGCUUUUGUCCGUAUAUUUGGUGGCUAUGGAGUAGACAGACUGGACAGAAUGAUGAAAGAACAUACUGCAGCACUCUUGAACUGUAUUGACACAUCAUUGAGGUCGAAUCGUGAGCUGCUUGAGUCAGUUGCUGGGAGCAUGCAUUCUGGCGAUCGAACAGAAAGAGAUGCUUACUUGAAGCAGAUUCUUGAUAUGGACACUGUCGCUGGCUUUUGCAUACAGGCAGGGCAAGCCCUAGCUUUCGACUGUCUUCUAGCUGAAGCUGCUGGGUCUGUGCUUGAAGAAGGUGCCCCGCUCAUAAAUUCGUUACUUAGUGGGGUUGUUAAACAUAUUCCUGAUGAGGUACCGGAGAAGAGAGAGAUUAGGAGGUUACGAAGAGUGGCAAACAGUGCUGGUGUGGUAUCUGAUCAUGAUGCUGAGUGGGUGAGAUCAAUCAUGGAAGAGGUUGGAGGAGCAAAUGAUGGCUCGUGGGGCUUGUUGCCUUACUUGUUUGCAACCUUCAUGGCUUCCAGUAUCUGGAAUACAACUGCCUUCAACAUCGAGACAGGGGGAUUCAGUAACAAUGUUCAUUGCUUAGCAAGGUGCAUAAGUGCUGUCAUUGCAGGAAGCGAGUAUGUUAGACUUGAACGGGAACACCAGCAGAGACAAUCUUACUCGAAUGGCCAUGCUGGUGAUGCAUUGGAUGCCGAUAUACACAGCAGACUGACUGCUGAAGCCAGCAUAAGAUCUGCAAUGCAGCUUUUUGUCAAAUUCUCAGCAGGGAUUGUACUGGAUUCGUGGAAUGAAAUGAAUAGGUCUCAUCUUGUGGCUAAAGUCAUUUUCCUGGAUCAGAUAUGUGAGAGCUCGCCAUUCCUUCCUAGAAGCUCCCUCGAAGCCCAUGUUCCUUAUACCAUUCUCCGUUCCAUAUACGGUCAAUACUACGGGAACUUGCCAUCAACGCCUCUAGGUUUAAUAACUGCUUCACCACGGCAUUCUCCUGCUGUGUCUCUUGCCCAUGCUUCUCCUGCGUCAAGGCACACUCGAGGAGACUCGACUCCUCAGCAUAAUGUUAAUGAUUCUGGUUACUUCAAGGGCUCUUCUUCAGCUCACGGACAAGACCGGUAUUUCGAUGGUGAUACCGGGAGUGCCCACAGCUUUGAAGGCAGGCGCAGGAAUGUAAGGAGGUCCGGACCUCUGGACUACAGCUCGAGCCGGAAAGUGAAAGUCGGUGAAGGUUCGAGCUCAGUCGGGCGGGGCCCAAGCCCAUUGCCGAGGUUUGCCGUAUCGCGAUCAGGUCCAAUAUCCUACAAGUAG